UUGCGGCUGCCAUGUUGAAAUGUGAUUAAAGUGGUCCAGGAAGGAGCGCGCGCGGUGCCGUAUUUCGUCGGGUAUUUUUCCAGUUUCAUGUAAAUUCGCGAGCACACACACCGUCUGUCGUUAGCAAAAUGUCGAGGAACAAAAAGUCGCAGUCCGGCAAACCCUACGACUCUUCUCACUCUUUCGUCAAGAGAAUGACACGCAGGGUGUCAGAGUACAUUCCAAACAAAUUAUCGUCGUGGUUUUCCUCUUCAAACGAAGAUGAGGCUGCGGUAAAAGACGAACAGAGUCGACAUCAAGACCCUGCGCAGCAGCAGCAACAACAGCACUCGCCCCAGAUGCAAGUCCCACCUGCCAAAAGGCAGAGAACUGAACUGAACACCCCAAGUUGGGUUGCGGAACCUGUACCCAGUACAUCCAGCCUUCCAGGGCCGAGCACAUCAGCAAGUAGAGCAGUCCACGAGGCAGGCCCAAGUGGACACCAACAAAAUGCCAAGUUUUCCCAUAAGGACCUUUUCCCUACGUCCACUCCGAUGCACCUCAACAGAUACUUGGUGCCCACUUCGAGUGGUCUGGGAAUCACAGUAGAUGAGGCAUCCAACAGCAGCGAAUCGACCAGUGGCUGCUCCUCCUUGAUACCUCAAGAAAACCACAUGGCUGAAGCGCCUCAAGACACAUCAUCAAAAAAUACACAGCGAGGCAGUCAGCUGUACAGUCUGCUAUUUGAUCCCAACUCUGUUAAUCCAUCCAAUGAAGUGAGCAAAAUCACUCCGCAGCCUCCUGCACAAAGUAGGAGGCCAAAUUUCGAUCCGUCGCUGAUACGAUCUCCUUCGAUUUGCAGUGGCAACAGGAUAGAUGUGACUAAAUCACCGUUCUAUAAAGGCAAAACAUGCUAUGGUGGAGCUUCAGCAUACAGAAGAUCGUCUGGAACGUUCCCUAGCUUCCUGAACACAUCCUUAGAACUUAUGAAUUCAACUGGGUCUUUGCGGAGCUCUUUGUCAGCCAGGGCGCCACUUAACCGGCACGGGGCCAAUUUGAGCUUUUCUAGAAUUGAGAAUAACGUGUCUCGAUCGCCGCAACUGAGCUCUUUAAGUCAGCGAAUUUUGAGAGCAGCCGAUGCUGCUAGUCCAUUGAGCCAAAGUCUGGCAGGCAGGGAGGCGGGUAACCUGAAGAGAAGGAUAGAUACCAUCUAUGAUUACACUCCACCUCAAAGACAACAGCACGGACCCCCAACCAAGUCGCUGAAUGCACCAACUGUUAGGGACUUGCUGCAGAACAAGGUGCAUAAUAAAGUUGACAUUGCAAGAAGUCUGACUCUGCCCAAAUCAAAACCUGCGUGGAAAGACAACGUUCCUACCUACAGUUUGAGACAAGAGGAGAGUUUAAGUGCAAAACGAUGCAACAAAAUCAGAAGGAACCAAAAUGACAUAAUUGAAGACCUCCCAGAUGUGGUGGACUUGCCACAGAUCUCCCUGCCAUUAACCAGCCUGCCCUCUUUUGACUUUGCUCCGAAAGCUCCUUCUUCAAACGCUUUCUCUGUGGCACCUUCAGUGAACAAAAGUGAUUUGCAAGUUUUCACCUUUUCAUCACCUCUUGCUGUGGAACUUCUGCCUCCGAGACUCACUUCAACUGCCUCUCCUGUGACCCAGACGGCUUUAAGUUCUCCUUUCCAAAUGAAAAUGGUCUCUCCCAAGCCCAUACCCGUUAAGCCUGCCACAGAAACAAUUGGCAAAGAUGCAAAAGACACUAAAUUGGACAAGAAACCGUUGCCAGCUGGUUCUGGAUUCGGCGACAUGUUCAAAAAACCAGAGGGUUCCUGGGAAUGCUCGGAGUGCAUGGUAAACAACAAGGCAGAAGCAGCCAAGUGCAUUUCGUGUAAUACACCAAAAGUGGCCCCAAAAAAGCCUUCAGCACCUUUGCCUGCUGCUACCCCAGCAGCCCCUCUGCCAUCCACAGGGUUCGGUUCUAUUUUCAAGAAGGCUGAAGGCUCGUGGGACUGUUCAGUGUGUUUAGUCAACAACAAAUCUGAUGUCAACAAAUGUGUAUCUUGCGAUUCGCCCAAGCUGGCAACUCAAUCGGCUACGAGCCAAUCUGCUCAGGUUGUGUCUAAACCCUUUUCAAUGCCCUUAAAACCGUCAGGGUCUUGGGAGUGUCCUGAUUGCAUGUGCAACAAUAAACCAGAGGCUCUCAAUUGCCCAGCCUGCAAUGCUGCCAAGCCUGGAUCUUCCUCCACUCCAAGUGUUGCAGUUAACAGCUUUGGCGAUAUGUUCAAAAAACCUGCUGAUAAGUGGUCUUGCCCAGUUUGCAAGGUUGACAAUGGCAAAGAUGCACCCAAGUGUUCAUCUUCGUCGUGCAGCUAUGAAAAUCCCAACAAACCGAAAGCAAAGGCGAGUGAGGAGAACAAGCCAAAGUACAGCUUUGGGAUGCCCAGCGGAAACGGAACAACCCCUGCCUUCACUGCACCCAAAGCUGACGAUGCCAAGUCUCUUUUCACUUUUGGAGCGCCAAAAGAUAAAGAUGGAAAUGCUGCACCAUCCAAGGGCUUUGUCUUUGGUGAAACAAAAACGUCGGAAGAGGAUAAGCCGAAGACUUUCACUUUUGGGAUGCCUGCGGCCAAAGCAGCCGAAGAGCCCCCUAAAGUAGCCAGCCCUGUGAAACCUGCCCAAACCGCCGCCCCUACCAUUUCAGUGCAGUUUGUCAACCCCCCUGCCACAACAGCACCCAAGCUGAAGCGCAAGGCGGAUGCAGAAGAACCUUCGGGUGGUUUUAUGUUCAACCAAAGCAGCCCAGCCAAGCUCAACUCGCUGCCCAAGGAAAACUCUCCUGCAGCUCCCCAGUUUGCAGGGCUCAAGUUCAGUCUACCCAAAGCGGCCGAAGAAAAAAAAGAUGCAGAGCCGCCGGCUAAAAAGCCUGGACCAUCAUUCAAUUUUUUGAGUGAGGAAGACGCGUCCACCACACCCAAGAAGACCGAGAACCUCUCCAUAUUCGCAUCAAAGCCCUCUGCUUUCUCGCAACCGUCGUCGACCAACACUCCUCUCUUUGGAUUUCCUAGCCAGGCGGAGCAGGCUGCAACCAAGAAAAAUGAACCGAAACCUUCAGGAAAUCCUCAGAUGUUCCAAUUUUCUGGUCCAACUAAAGAGUCUGCAUUCGGAGCUCUGGCCGCAAAGAAGACCACCUUCCCCAUCAGCGUUACAGACUCUCCAAAAUCGUUUGCUUUCGGCACAAAUGACACCACUCCAGUCUUUGGAGUAAAGUCUCCGGAACCUUUUGGGUCAAAAGCUCCUGAACCGGUGGCCAUGUUUGGUGCUAAGGAGGCGCCGUUGCUUUUCAAUUCUAAACCCUCGGAAGGGUUUGGAUCGAAAACGACAGAAAUCGUUCCGUUUGGGAGCAAACCGCUCGAAGCAGUUCCUUCGAUAACCGCGUUCAAACCUACUGGAGUGCCUGCAUCGCCCUUCGGAGGAAGCCCUGCGACGACGACGCCAGCAACCUUUGGCUCUUUUGCCUCAAGCAGUCCUGCACCUUCCGCUUCCUCUGACUUUGGUGCCAGCAACCCUCUGCUCUUUGGCCAAGCGACUACUUCAGUGCCUGUUUUUGGCACUCCUGCUGCUCAGACCGCGACGCCCCCGUCGUUCGGCCAUCCAGCCCCAACCUUUCAGAUGAACCAACCAGUCGCCCCUGCAGGUGGAUUUAGUUUCGGCGCCAACACUGGCACUCCAACUGCCACAAACAACAACAUGUUUGCCUUUGGCAAGGACAAACCUGCAACUCCCUUUGGCUCCAACACGCUGAUGGCACCGAAACCGGCCGAACCCAACUUGUUUGGCGGCCAAGCGGCCGCCCCAACUCCUUUUGCCACGCCGAGCAUGGGGACUCCUGCUUUUGGCUCGACGCAGCCUGCAGGCGGCUUCAACUUCUCCAUGAAUGCACCGCCUGCCUACCCUGGCGCUGCUCAGCCUCAGCAGGCAAAUGCUGGUCCCGUUGGAGGUUUCCAAUUCAACGCCAAUCAGCAAGUUCCUCAGUUCAACCCUGAGAUAAGACCAUCCUUCAACUUCACAGGAAGCAUGGGGCCAACUGCUUUUAGUGCCACUCACACGCCCUCGACUCCGAAUCCGAACGCGCAAAUGCAGGCUCGAAAAAUACGCAAAGCAACGCGACGAUUUCAACCACGAUAAAUGAUGGACACGUUUUCUUUUCUUUUCUAUUGUGUACAUUAAAUGUUAAAUAUUUGAACUAUAAAUUGCGAUAAAUUGCAUAUAAAUACAAAAAGAAAGGUAAAUUUUACAUCAAG